CUCCCCCAAUGGCUUCCCUCCUCACGCUCCCGUCCCUCGCCCUCGCCAACCCUAGCGGCAGCGGCGCGCCGGCCCUCCGCCUCCGCGCCGCCUUCCGCUGCUGGGCGCUCGGCCGCCGCUGGGCCGGCGCCGCCGCCGCCAUCGCCUCGCCCAACUCCGUGCUCAGCGAGCACGCCUUCAAGCGCCUCGGCCUCGGCGGCAGCGACGACGAGGAUGAGGAUGAGGACGGGUUCGGGGAGGAGGGCGCCGCGGGGGAGGCGCUGCUGCAGGGGGACGCGGAUGAGCUCGCCAUCUCCAGGCUCGGACUGCCCGACCAGCUCGUCGCCACGCUCGAGAAGCGCGGGAUUACCCACCUCUUCCCCAUCCAGAGGGCUGUGUUGGUUCCAGCACUUGAGGGCCGUGACCUGAUUGCAAGAGCAAAGACUGGAACUGGAAAGACCCUGGCCUUUGGUAUACCCAUGAUCAAGCAGAUAAUUGAGCAGGAUGAAGCGGGGCGCAGUCUUGGGCGAGGUCGUACUCCACGAGCUUUGGUCCUUGCACCCACUAGAGAAUUGGCUAAACAAGUUGAGAAGGAAAUAAUGGAAUCGGCACCAAAGCUUAGUACAGUGUGUGUUUAUGGUGGUGUCUCGUAUAAUACCCAGCAGAAUGCACUCUCCCGUGGUGUUGAUGUUGUCGUAGGAACUCCGGGUCGCCUCAUUGAUUUGAUAAACGGUGGAAGUCUUAAGUUGGGAGAAGUUAGGUACCUGGUCCUUGAUGAGGCUGACCAGAUGCUUGCAGUUGGGUUUGAGGAAGACGUCGAAACAAUAUUGCAACAGGUGCCAGCGGAUCGACAAAGCAUGCUUUUCUCUGCGACCAUGCCUAGUUGGGUGAAGAAAUUGUCCAGGCGGUACUUGAAUAAUCCGUUGACAAUUGAUUUGGUCGGUGAUAGUGAUGAAAAGCUAGCUGAAGGGAUCAAACUCUAUGCUAUCCCACUGACGACGACAUCGAAGCGCACCAUUCUUAGUGAUCUAAUUACGGUAUAUGCAAAGGGUGGGAAAACUAUUGUUUUCACUCGGACGAAACGCGAUGCAGAUGAGGUAUCAUUGGCAUUGACAAGCAGUAUUGCUUCUGAGGCACUUCACGGUGAUAUUUCACAACAUCAGCGUGAGAGGACAUUAAAUGGUUUUCGCCAGGGGAAAUUUACUGUUCUGGUGGCAACUGAUGUUGCUUCUCGUGGUCUUGAUAUACCAAAUGUUGAUUUGAUUAUCCAUUAUGAAUUGCCAAAUGAUCCAGAGACUUUUGUUCAUCGUUCCGGGCGCACUGGACGAGCUGGGAAAGCAGGAAAUGCUAUCUUAAUGUUUACAACUAAUCAGCGAAGGACAGUUAAAUCACUUGAACGUGAUGUCGGAUGCAGAUUUGAGUUUAUUGGCCCUCCAACAAUGGAAGAAGUACUGGAUUCAUCUGCAGAGCAUGUCAUUGCUACCCUGCGAGGUGUGCACCCCGAGUCCAUUCAAUACUUUGUUCCAGCAGCUGAGAGACUAAGGGAAGAACUAGGACCCAAUGCUCUUGCUUCUGCAUUGGCACAUCUGAGUGGAUUUUCUCAGCCACCUUCUUCACGUUCUCUGAUCAGCCAUGAACAGGGAUCGGUGACAUUGCAACUAAUCAGGGAUCCGGAAUAUGCAAGAGGUUUCUUUUCUCCUAGAUCUGUCACCGGUUUUCUAUCUGAUGUUUCUCCAGCUGCUGCUGAUGAGGUUGGAAAAAUAUACCUAAUAGCAGAUGAGCGGGUCCAAGGAGCAGUCUUUGAUUUACCCGAGGAGAUUGCAAAGGAUUUGCUUAGUAUGGAACUGCCCACAGGAAACACCUUAAGCAAAGUAACAAAGCUGCCAGCGUUGCAAGAUGAUGGCCCUGCUACUGAUUCUUAUGGUCGAUUCUCAAACUCGGACCGGGGUUCUAGGAACCGAAGGGGGUCCAGGGGCGGUUUUGGCGGGGCCCCAAGAGGCCGUGGUGGUUGGGACUCCGAUGGUGAAGGAUUUCGUCGUGGUGGCAGGACCUCCAAACCUGACAACGAUAUCUGGUCAGAUGAUGACUUUUCAGGUGGUGCCAGAAGAUCCUCCGGUGGCCGUUCAUCAUCCUCUGGUGGCCGCUCAUCUUAUGGUGGGCGUGGUGGCUCAUCAUCCUUCGGUGAACGAUCAUCGUCAUUUGGUGACCGCUCAUCAUCUUAUGGUGGCCGUGGCGGUGGCUCAUCCUUUGGCAGCAGGGACAGAAGCUUCAGUGGUGCUUGCUUCACAUGUGGACAAUCAGGGCACAGAGCAUCAGACUGCCCAAACAAGUAGACAGUGCGGACAACGCACAGCUUGCCUGCAGCAUGGGGUUGCUCCAUCUGGGCCUGAUCAGUUUCUCCAACAAGCGGCUGGACAGUUGAACAGAACGCCAAGGAACACUCGAAGAUUGGCCUCCCUGUUGAUCUGAUCUACACAUGCCUGACGAUGGAUGGUGCAAUACAUACAGUUUUUGUGUGGUCGAGGAAGAUUUUUUGCAUGCUGCUGAGUGCUGACCCACCGUAGGAGAGCCGAGCCUUCUGUUAAGUUAUUCGUGUAAUAGGGUAUAAUAGGGACGCUGUUUUUCUUUUUAAAUUUUGUUGCUGCCACUUGUUGGACUUCACGAUAGAAUGUAUGUUAACACUACAUGAACCUUGUAAAGUUCUACAGAACCAAAAAUAUUCAGAACUAUUCACCGUCAGUUAUUUAGAA